GUGAGACCGUUUAUCGAUCUUGGCAUCGGAGGCUCUUCUCUUCCACAGCCGCCAGUACUCUGAGCGCUGCCCUCUGCCACACGGCUGGCGUGGAGAGUUAACCCUCGGUGGGGCUUAGAGCGGGACAUCGAAGGGUUUUCCUUCGCUGACGUUGCUUUCCCUUAAUUCCAACUGCUUUAAGUGAUUGCCCUGGUCCAGCAAUUCCACGCUUUGGAAUUUGUCCUAAGGAAAUAAUCAUGGAUGUGCAAAAAGACUUGAUUACAAGAGAGAAAAGAACAUCAAGGCAUUUUAACUGGAAAAAGCCUAUGUUGACCUCUUGGGAAUAAUUGGUUUAAGAACAACUCUGGAAGAGGAACUCUGGAAUCGUGAAUCAGAGUCAACUAUGAGGGCAGACUUCACAUCACUUCACUGCCAAAAUGACAUCAUUUUCCACCUCUGCCCAGUGUUCAGCAUCUGACAGUGCUUGCAGGAUCUCUCCAGAACAAACCAAUCAGGUACGACCAAAACUGCCUCUUUUGAAGAUUUUGCAAGCAGCAGGUGCACAAGGUGAAAUGUUCACUGUUAAAGAGGUUAUGCAUUAUCUAGGCCAGUAUAUAAUGGUGAAGCAGCUUUAUGAUCAGCAGGAGCAGCAUAUGGUAUAUUGUGGUGGAGAUCUUUUGGGAGAACUACUGGGUCGUCAGAGCUUCUCUGUGAAAGAUCCAAGCCCUCUCUAUGAUAUGCUAAGAAAGAAUCUUGUCACAUUAGCUACUGCUACUACAGAUGCUGCUCAGACUCUCGCUAUCGCACAGGAGCACAGUAUGGAUAUUCCAAGUCAAGACCGACCGAAGCAAAGUGUAGAGGAAAGCCCCAGUUCCAGGAAAAGAACUGAAGAAGGCAAUAUUCCCGCACUGCCUACCUCACAGUAUAAAUGCAGAAGUUCUAGAGCAGAUGAAGACUUGGUAGCAAAUUUAACUCAAGAAGAGACGUCAAGACUGGAUCUCGGGUUUGAGGAGUGGGAUGUAGCUGGCUUGCCUUGGUGGUUUUUGGGAAACUUGAGAAAUAACUAUACACCUAGAAGUAAUGGCUCAACUGAUUUACAGACAAAUCAGGAUAUAGGUACUGCCAUUGUUUCAGACACCACAGAUGACUUAUGGUUUUUGAAUGAAUCAGUGUCAGAGCAAUUCGGUGUUGGGAUAAAAGUUGAAGCUGCUGAUCCUGAACAAACAAGUGAAGAAGUAGGGAAAGUGAGAGACAAAAAGGUGGUUGACAUGGGAAAAAAUGAUGACCUGGAGGACCCUGAAUCCAUAAGUGAUGAUACCGACACAGAAGUUACCUCUGAGGAUGAGUGGCAGUGUACUGAGUGCAAGAAAUUUAACUCUCCAAGCAAGAGGUACUGUUUUCGUUGCUGGGCCUUGAGGAAGGAUUGGUACUCAGAUUGUUCCAAGUUAACCCAUUCUCUCUCCACAUCUGCUAUCACUGCCAUACCUGAAAAGCAAGAAAGUGAAGGAAUUGAUGUCCCUGACUGCAGAAGAACUGUAUCAGCUCCAGUUGUUAGACCUAAAGAUAUUUACAUAAAGGAAGAAAACUCUGAACAUUUUGAUCCUUGCAACUCGGUGGAAUUCUUGGAUUUGGCUCAUAGUUCUGAAAGCCAAGAGACCGUAUCAAGCAUGGUAGAACAAUCAGAUAACCUUUUUGAACAGAGAAAAGAUACAGAAAACAUGGAGGAUUGCCAGAAUCUUUUGAAGCCAUGUAGUCUGUGUGAGAAAAGACCACGAGACGGAAACAUCAUUCACGGGAGGACAGGCCAUCUUGUCACUUGUUUUCAUUGUGCUAGAAGACUAAAGAAGGCUGGGGCUUCUUGUCCUAUUUGCAAGAAAGAGAUUCAGUUGGUUAUUAAGGUUUUUGUAGCAUAGCUGAAUCGGUGAAUUACAGACACAUAUUAACAGAGCUGGUCAUGUAUCCAAAUAUCAGUAUUGAGCAUCUCUACGCAGGGUCACUCAUUUCAUACUUUCAUUUAUUCUUGUAAACUUUUAUGUUCUAAGCCAUUUUUACCUCUAAACUUAUAGAAUUUGAGAAUAAGUUCUUUAGAACUACAUUAUCAGUAUGGAGACUGUUAACAUUAAAAGAGAAGUUAAUCAUUCUGUCUUCAAAGAUGAGGCUCUGGGAGGGAGUAGUACAAAUAGAAAUACAUUCGUUCUUUCAUUUACCAAAUUACCUGAAGAUGAAUCAUUUCUUUAUUUAAUUUAAUUUCUUACUGUUCUUUUCUGGUAGGGAAUGUUCUUGGGCAUCAAAAUCCAAAGUGACUGUUAGAAAGAUAUUAAAGCUAUCAAUGAAAAAACAAGUAAUUAAUGUAUAAAGUAGACUAUGUUGUGUGAUUAAGAGAAACGAUUAUUUUUGUAAAGUGCCUAGAACAGUGAUAUCCAACAUUUUUGCUAACAUACCUCAAAAAACAAUUUUGAAAAAGUACAUACAACUUUUUGCACAUUUUAAAAAUUGAGGUGUAGUUAGCCAACAGUAAAGUCAGUAAAGUGUUCCCUUGUGCUGAAUUGUAGACAUCUCAGUAGCCACCUGAAGCAAGCAGUAGUGCAUUUCUAUCUCCUUUUCCAGGCAGUUCCUCCAUCAUUUCAUGACUCUUACCCUCAAUUAGUUUUCCUUUUGCACAUGUUAAAUUUGACUUUUAAAUUUUUAAAAUAAAUUUAACUAAUUAAAGAGGAUGUAUCAUCCAAUAUAUUGUAGAUGUGCUUUAAAGAUAUUUUUGCCAAAACCUUGGAGCUGUAGAUCUGGCUGGUUGAAUUUAUAGAAAAAGUCCUGUCAUAUAAACUGGCAAAGCCUAUUCUCAUUAUAAAACUAAUCAGCCAAAUCAAACUUCAUUUUCAGUCGGAAUGUUUGACUUUAUAUUAAUUUAUUUUUUGGCCACACUGUACAGUAUAUGGGAUCCCCAACCAGCAAUCAAACCCGUGCCCCCUGCAUCAGGAGCAUGGAGUCUUACCAUUGAACCGCCAGGGAAGGCCCUGUUUGACUUCAUUUUUAAUCCAGUUACAUAGCCUUCUCAGUCACAGUUCUAAGAUAAGGCACAGAAGUUUUGACCAAAGCUCUCUGUGCUCUACUCUGCCCUCUUGGUCUCCCGGGAGCCUGCUCGGGGUUUUUGUCUUUUUAUUUGAUGCCUCUAAAGGCUCUUUUAAUGUUCUGAGGCAGUGCCCCAUAAGAUUCUAGGUGGGUGAGAGGCAGCCUUUUGGGUGAGAAGUAGCCUGCCUUCUGAGAAUAGGGAGUAUGGCAGUUGUGAAAAGGAAAGCAUUUAAAGAUAACCCUGAAGAGGUUUUAUCUAUGCAUGUAAAUAUUAGGAUAAUACAUAUGGAAAUUGAAGAUCUUUAAGUUGCUUUCCUUAUGGAUAUUCCUGUCUACUUUUCCUAUGGAAAAAAUUUUGGUGUAUGCUCAGCAGUAUGAAUAUUUUGAAGACUAAGGCCCUAAAAUUACUAAAUUUAAGGCUCUUAAGAAUCACCUGGGUUGCUUGUUAUAAGCCCAACUUUACUCCCUGCCCCAAACACACACAUACGCAUGCAUUCACAGGAGCUGGUGUACACACAGGUACAGAGAGUAGAGCAGAAUCCCUUUAUUUAGCAUCGUGUUUAGAGAAGUUCUGCUAAACUCGUAGAAAUUAACUAGCAUACACUCAUAUACUUAACCUCUUAUUUUGCACAUGAGGCUGAAAGGAUAAACGACUGCUGAAAGUCACAGCUAGUGAUAGAACUCUUACUGGGAUCCAAGUCUCCUACAGUAAAUCUUUAAACCAUGCUUUCUUCCUUCUCAUUAUUUGUUAACUGUUUCAACUGUGGUAUUUGUUGAAUUUGCAAUAACUAGUAGCCUUAAAAUACUGAAGAAUGUGAGCUGCAGACGAAAUAGGACUUCAGAGAGAAUACAGACUUUUAACCGUUUCUCCUCAAAGAGAGAAGGCAGUACAUGUCCACUUCUCUUACAUAAUCUGAUAAAUUACUCCUCCCACUGGAAAGACUGGUAGAGGCAGCAGAGGAACCUGAACUCUCUCUCCAGUGUUUUUCAUCCUUGAGGGAUGAAACUUAGGUCUCUGGCUGUCUCCAGGCAUUAGGGACAAGGGUUUUUUCCCCUCAGUAAAUAGAAUCAGUCCUUCAAGUUCAGUGUUUUGUUAGACUAUGGUAAGUGCUCUAAAAAUUUAGGAAGUUAGUAACUUUAUGCCCCAUUUCCUCUCCCCACACUGCUCUCUUCAUGAUAGUUUGAUAGCUAUUGAUUUUAAUUUUGCCAGUUAAUUGCUUUUGCAAGUAAAAUGAGGAAUAGGGAGAGCUGGGAUCUGCACUUGUACCCUCUGGUCCCUCUUACAAUAAAGUUGAGUUUUUGAAGAAAGCUUAAUAAGAAAAAGUCUAAAAUUUUAAUUUUUGUAUAUAGAUAUUUGUUGCUAAUUUGCUAGCACAGAAUCCUCUUACGCUACUCUACUUACUUUUUUUCCCCCUUGGAUCACCUGGGUUUUUACUGUCUCCAUUAGCAGUAAAUACUUCGCUUAGGAGAUUUUAAACUGCACAUUUGAGCUGAAAAUAUUUCAAUAAAUGUACACUUAGGUGUACUGAACCCCUAUCAAGAGUCUUGAAUGACUGAAAUGUUAUAAAGAGCUGUAUCUGCAGAAGGAGGUAGUAUUUCUUUUGUAGCUUAUCUGAAAUCCAAGAUGCUGCUUCUGCAGUUUGUUUUCCAUCAUCCAGGAUCUUUGUUUUAUUUAUUUUUUUAACUUUUUACUUUGUAUCGGAGUAUAGCCAGGUAACAAUGUUAUGAUAGUUUCAAGUGCACAGCAAAGUGACUCAACCAUACAUAUACAUAUAUCUGUAAGAACUGGCCUGCGAUGCGGGAGACCCAGGUUUGGUCCCUGGGAAGAUCCCCUGGAGAAGUAAAUGGCAACCCACACCAGUAUGCUUGCUUGGAGAAUCCCAUGGACAGAGGAGCCUGGCGGGCUAUAGUCCCUGGGGUCUCAAAAGAGUCAGACACAACUGAACAAUUGACACUUUCACUUCAUUCUACCCCAAACUUCCCUCGCAUCCAGGCUGCUGUAUAACCUUGAACAGAGCUCCUUGUACAAUACAGUGGAUCCUUUUUGGUUAUCCAUUUUAAAUAUAGCAGUGUGUACAUGUUGAUCUCAAACUCUAAUUAUCCCUUCCCCCUAUGUUUCUCCGCUGGUAACUUAAGUUCUCUAAGUCUGUGAUUUUGCUUCUGAUUUGUAAUUAAGUUUACUGGUAUAAUUUCUUUUUUGACUCUGCAUGUAAGGAAUAUCGUGUGAUAUUUCUGUUUCUCCAUCUUCACUCAGUCUGUCAGUCUCUGGGUCCAUCCACGGUGCUGCGGAUGGCAUUUCAUUCUUUUUAAUGGCUGAGUAGUGUUCCAUUGUGUGUAUGUACCACAUCUUCCUCACCCAUUCCUCUGUUGACAGGCACUUAGGUUGCUUCCAUUUUUCGGCUGUUGUAAACAGCACUGCAGUGAACACUAGGGUGCAUGUCCUUUCUCCACAUAUAUUCCCAGGAGUGGGAUCGCAGGGUCGUAUGGUAGCUCUAUUUUUAGUUUUUUAAGGAACCUCCAUACUGUUCUCUGUAGUGGCUGCACCAUUUUACAUUCUCACCAACAGUGUAGGAGGGUUCCCUUCUUUCCACACCAUGUCCAGUUAUUUACUGUUUAUGGAUUUUUUGAUAAUGGCCAUUUUGGCUGAUGUGAGGUGAUAACCUCAUUGUAGUUUUGAUUUGCAUUUCUCUAAUAAUUAGCAAUGUUGAACACCUUUUCAUGUGCCUCUAAGCCAUCUGUAUCUCCUUUUGAGAAAUGUCUGUUUAGGUCUUCUGCCCAUUUUUGUUUGUCUUUUAAUUAAAUUUCUUAUUUUAAGGUAAUUGUAGAUUCACGUGCAGCUGUAGGAAGCAGUACAGAGAAAUGCCUUGUAAUCUGUAAUGAUUUCCUCCAAUAGUAACAUCUUGAAAAGCUGUAGUACAGCAUCACAACCAGGAUAUUGACGAUACAGUGUGGAUAAAAAGCAUUUCCAUCACUGCUGGAAUCCUUCUAUAAUCCUUUAUAGACCUGUUAGGUUCCUUAUAACCUUAUCCCCUCUUUAGCCCUAGAAAUUACUAAUUUGUUUUCCAUUUCUGUGAUAUUGUGACUUCAGAAAUGCUCGUGCAUGGAACCAUAUGGUAUGCAACCUUUUGGGAUUGGAUUUUUUUUUCCCCCCAGCAUAAUUGCCUGGAAAUACAUCUGAGAUAUAUAUGAAUAAUUCUUUUAACUGCUGAGCAGUAUUUUAGGGUAUAGCUGUACUACAGUUUGCUUAAUGAUUCACUCAUCAAAUGACAUCUAGAUUCUUUCUAGUUUUUGCCAUUAUUAAAAAAGCUGCUCUAAGCAUUUGUGUACAUAUUUUUGAACAAACCGAAGUUUUAAUUUCUCUGGGAUAAAUGCUUAGUAGUACAAUUGAUAAGAAGGUAUGAUAAAUGAAUUUUAGCUUUUAAGAAUUGCCAAAUGCUUUUUCCUUAAUGGCUAUGCCAUUUCACUUUCUCAUGAGCAAUUUAAGAGUGAUCUAGUUCUCUGCAUGGUCACUAGAAUUUGGUGCUUUCACUCUCUCUAUAUAAAUAUUUAAUUUUAGUCAUUCUGAUAGAUAGGUGAUGAUAUCCCAUUGUGGUUUUAAUUACAAUUUUCCUAAUAACUGAACCUUUUAACUGAACCUGAGAUAAGUGAACCUGAGACAAGUGAACUAGAACCUUUUAUAUGCCAUACGUACAUCCUCUUUGGUAAAGUGUUUGUCUUUUGCCCAUUUUCUAAUUGCUUUCUUACUAUUGAGUUUUGGGUUCAGUUCAGUUCAGUUGCUCAGUUGUGUCUGACUCUUUGCAACCCCAUGGACUGCAGCAUGCCAGGCCUCCCUGUCCCAUCACCAACUCCCAGAGUUUACGAGUCAGUGAUGCCAUCCAACCACCUCAUCCUGUCGUCCCCUUCUCCUCCCGCCCUCAGUCAGGGUCUUUUCAAAUGAGUCAGCUCUUAGCAUCAGGCGGCCAAAGUAUUGGAGUUUCAGGUUCAACGUCAGUCCUUCCAAUGAAUAUUCAGGAUUGCUUUCCUUUAAGAUGGACUGGGAGUUCUUUUUAUACUCUAGAUAUUAGUCCUUUGCUGUAUAUGGGGUUUGAAAAUAUUUCUCCCACUCUGUAGUUGGUCUUUUUAUCCCUUUCAGAGGACCUUAGAAAUAGUUUGUAGUUUUGAUAAAGUUCAAUUUAUCAGUUUUUCUGUAUAUAUUUUGUGCUUUGCCAUCAAGUUUUGUUUAGCCCCAAAUCUGGAAUAUUUUGUCCUUGUUUUCUAUAACAGUUUUGUAGUCUGAUAUUUUACAUUUAAAUCUGUGAAUCAUCUUGAUUUAAUUUUGUAUAAGUUAUAAUUAGAUGAAGAUUUUUCUUUUUUUUUUGUCUUAUGAUGCCCUAUUGUCCCAGCAGCAUUUGUUCAAAGACUAUUCUUCACUUAUUUAUUUUGAAAGACUUUUAAUUUUAUAUUGGCGUGUAGUCAGUUAACAAUAUUGUGAAGUCAGGGAGUACUUUGGCUAUUCAGGGUCUUGUCUCCGUACAGAUUUCAAGAUUUUUUGUUCUAGUUCUGUGAAGAAGGCCGUUGAUGAUUUGAUAGGGAUUACAUUGAAUCUGUAGAUUGCCUUAGGUAGUAUAGUUAUUUUGAUACUGUUGAUUCGUCCAAUCCACAAAAUGUGUUUUAUCGCCCAUUUGUUUGUAUCUUUGAUUUCUUUCAACAGCAUCUUAGAGUUUUCAGAGUACAGGUUUUUUGUCUCCUUAAGUAGGUUUACUCCUAAGAUAUUUUAUUCAUUUUGAUGCAGUGGUAAGUGAAAUUGUUUCUUGAAUCUCUUUCUAAUCUUUUAUUGUUAGUAUAUAGAGAUGCAAAAGAUUGAUGUGUAUUAAUUUGUAACCUGCAGCUUUACGAGCUUCGUGGAUGAGUGCUAGUAGUUUUCUUGUCGCGUCUUGAGGAUUUUCUGUGUAUAGGAUCAUGUCAUCUGCAAGCAGUGACAGUUCAACUUCUUUUCCAGCUUGGAUUCCUUUUAUUUCUUUUUUUCUCUGAUUGCCAUAGCUAGGACUUCCAAAACUGUUGAAUAAAAGUGGCGAGAGUGGACACCCUUGUCUUGCUCCUGGCCUUGUAAGAAAUGCUUUCAGUUUUUUACCAUUGAAUAUAAUGUUAGCUGUAGGUUUGUUGAAUAUGUUGAGGUAUGUUCCCUCUAUAUUCACUUUCUGGAGAGUUUUUAUCAUAAAUGAGUACUGAAUUUUGUCCGAACCUUUUUCUGCAUCUAUUGAUCAUUGGGCUUCCCUUAUGGCUCAGAUGGUAAAGAAUCUGCCUGCAAUACAGGAGACCCAGGUUCAAUCUCUGGGUCGGGAUGAUCCCCUGGAGAAGGGAAUGGCAACCCACUCCAGUAUUCUUGCCUGGAAAAUCCCAUGGACAGAGGACCCUGGAGUGCUACAGUCCAUGGGGUCUCAAAGAGUCAGACAUGACUGAGCAACUUUCACUUUAUUGAUCAUAUGGCUUUUAUUCUUCAAUUUUUUUAAUGUGGUGUACACACUGAUUUAUGAACAUUAAAAAAUCCUUGCAUGACUGCAAUAAAUCCCACUUGAUUAUGGUGUAUAACCCUUUUAAUGUAUUGUUGAAUACAGAUUGCGAGUAUUUUGUUGAAGAUUUUUGCUAUGGUGUAUAACCCUUUUAAUGUAUUGUUGAAUACAGAUUGCGAGUAUUUUGUUGAAGAUUUUUGCGUCUGUGUUCAUCAGUGGUAUUGGCUUGUAAUUUUCCUUUUUGUAGUAUCUUUGUCUUGUUUUGACGUCAGGGUGAUGGUGGCCUCAUAGAAUGAGUUUGGGGGUUUUCCUUCCUGUCCCCUUUUUUGAAAGGGUUUCCAGAAGGAUAGAUGUUAACUUGUCUCUAAAUAGAUUUUGCCUGUGAAGUCAUCAGGUGCUGGACUUUUGUUUGUUGGGAAUUUUUAAUCACCAUUUUCAAUUUCAGUGCUUGUGAUUGUCUGUUUGUAUUUUCUACUUCUUCCUGGUUCAGUUUUGGAAUGCCAAACCUUUCUAAGAAUGUGUCCGUUUCUUCCAUGUCGUGCAUUUUAUUGGCAUGCAGUUGCUCUUACGAUCCUUUGUAUUUCUGUGAUGUCAGUUGUAGCUUCUCCUUUUUCAUUUCUAAUUUUAUUGAUUUGAGUCCUCUCCCCUUUUUUUCUUGAUGAGUCUGGCUAAAGGUUUAUCAAUUCUGUUUAUCUUUUCAGAGAACCAGCUUUUAGUUUCAUUGGUCUUUGCUCUUUUCUUUGUCUCUAUACCAUUUAUUUUCACUCUGAUCAUUAUGAUUUCUUUCCUGUCUGCUAGCUUUGAGGAUUUUUUUUUUUUUUUUUUUUUAAGCUUUGAGUUUUGUUUGUUCCUUCUCUAGUUCCUUUGGAUAUAAGGUUAGGUUGUUUAUCUGAGAUUUUUUUCUUGUUUCCUGAGUUAAGACUUCCAUAAACUUUCCUCUUAGAACUGCCUUUGUUGUAUUUCAUAGAUUUUGGAUUGUGGCUUUCAUUUUCAUUUGUCUCUAGGUAUUUAUUUUCUCUUUGAUUUUUCUCAGUGAUCCAUUGGUUGUUUAGUAGCAUGUUGUUUAGCCUCCACAUGUUUGUUUGUUUUAUUAGUUGGAGGCUAAUUACUUAACAACAUUUCAGUGGGUUUUGUCAUACAUUGAUAUGAAUCAGCCAUAGAGUUACACGUAUCACAUGUUUGUUUUUUUAUAGUUUUUUUCUUGUAAUUUAUUUCCAGUCUAAUAGCAUGAUGGUAAAAGAAGCUUGAUACUAUUUCAGUUUUCUUAAAUUUACCAAGGCUUGCCUUGUGGCCCAGCAUGUGGUCAGCCCUAGAGAAUGUUCCAUGUGCACCUGAGAAGAAUGCUCUGUAAAUAUCAGUUAGUUCCAUCUGGUCUACUAUGUCAUUUAAAGCCUCUGUUUCCUUGUUAAUUUUCUGUGGGGUGUUAAAGUCCACCACUGUUGUGUGCUCCUGUCGGUUUCUCCCUUUGUGGCUCUUGUGCUGUGCUUGGUCACUCAGUCGUGUCUGACUCUUCGUGACCCCAUGAACAGUAGCCCACCAAGCCCCUCUGUCCAUGGGAUUCUCCAGGCAAGAGUACUGGAGUGGGUUGCCGUUUCCUCCUCCACGGCUCCUAGUAUUUGCCCUAUAUAUUGAGGUGCUUCUAUAUUAGGUGCAUAUAUAUUUACAGUUGUUCUUGCAUUUACAGUGUCUUCUUGGAUUCAUCUGUUGAUCAUUAUGUAUUGUCAUCCUUUGUCUCUUAUGUGCUCUGGGUGCUAAGUCGCUUCAUAGUCUGACACUGCAGCCCGCCAGGCUCCUCUGUCCAUGGGAUUCUCCAGGCAAGAACACCGGAGUGGAUUGCCAUGCCCUCGAAGGAAACUUCCCAACUGUUGUCUCCUGUGUCUCUUGCAUUGGUAGGCGGGUUCUUUACCGCUAGUGCCACCUGGGAACUUAUCACAGUGUUUGUUUUAAAAUCUAUUUUGUCUGAUAUGAGUUUGCUAUUCCAGCUUUCUUUUGAAUUUCCAUUUUCAUGGAAUACCUUCUUCCAUCCCCCAGGAUCUUCAUUAAAUGUUGUUUGGGAGCACAGCACAGCAAGUAGAACUCCUUGUGUUUCUUGGGUUAGGAUGGGUUAGGGAUCCUAAAAAGGGCCAAAUAAAGCUAUCAGAGCAGUGCUUUACCUGUAGUAACUUUUAAAUCAUCUUCUUGAUCUAUUUUUUAUUUUCUUCUUUUUUCACUGUCACUGUGGUACAGAUAAGCAAGACAUGGUUUGUGUGUUAAGACUUCAUAGUUUAUUGCUAUAUGAUGAUGAAACUCUUGACUUCCAAACACUAGCAUUUAGUUUGUAAUUAGGGUUAUUAUAAUGCUCUGGUUUUCUGGAGACAGGGCCAGUUUACUCUUGUUUUUCAGCAUCUUACACAGGUUGUCUCUGUCUCUCCUGUUUCACUUUCAAAUGUUUUCUUUUAGACAUUAAAUUAUUACGGUCUUCCUAGUUAUAGAUAAGUCAUGCUUAGCUUGAAACCUUAACUGUGUGGAAAAGAUCUGUUAAAGUAGGUGUCAGUGGCGUUUAUUGUUUCCACUGCAUUAUACCAUAGACUUGUGAUUAAUGAAAUCAUCCCACAUUAGCAUCAGAUUUCUUAUUUUAGUUAUUUAAAUUAAUAUUUAUGACCAUGUUAUCCCAGACAAAAUGUUGAGACCAGAGAUGACAAAUCCUUAGAAAAGCAAUGAAUUUGCAGUUUAUAGCUAAAAUGUCUCCUGCCUGUUAUUGUUAAUCCAUUCUGCUUGCACUGUACUUACAAUACUUGGUAUGCUUGGUACUGAUAAUACUUGGUAUGCUUUUGUAUUUUAUACUUAAGCAGACUUUAUCUUAGAGCAAGGCUUUAAGUUGAUAUUAACAUUUCUUCAGAGUCCCUCUAUGGAAUAUCAUAGAUUCCCAGUCCUAGACUUGAACAGCGGAUCAGUGUCCAGACAGUCCAGCUUCUAAACUGCCACAAACUUAAGAUUGAAUCACUGCCAGGCAUUUGAAAUAUUCAGUUGUGUUUUAAUAAUAAUUUAUGUAUUAAAGCUGUAUGUAAUGCUUUAUGUGAUGUUAUUUUGUUUGUAAGAACUUAUUUUUAAAGGUCAGGAUCUUAUUUUUAGGUAGCCUUUUUUUGAAAUGUUACUUAAAUGCAAUGUUGGCUUCUCUGACAGUUGCUAAAGAGAAAUGUGUGAACUGUUAGAUUAGUAUAUCUACAGAGCUCUUGUAAGUGGUAUUGCUUGGUUUGUUUUUUUUAGAAAGUAGGAAACUUAACCAACUAUUUGGUUUUUCCCAACAGACAGUUAUUAUGAUCUUCUGAAAAUAUGAUUUCCUUCUUUCUCUCUUCUUGCCACAUUUCAUGGCAUGUGGAACUUCUCCAACCAGGGAUUGAACCCUUGCCUUCUGCACUGGAAGCAGGGAGUCUUAACCACUGCCAGGGAAGUCCAUGAAAGUAUAUGAUUUUAGAUACUGUGAAUCUGUUGUUUUCCAUUUAGCCAAAUAUCUGCUCAAAUUGUUCAUGUCUUAAAGAAGAAUUCAUUUUGACAGCUGUCUCAUUCACGGGUGUUUAUGUAUGCACAUACACUAUCAAGACUGUUAAUGCUUUUGCUAAAACUGGCUAUAUACUGGGUGAUUUUAGAAUCUGCACUUCAAAGAUGAAGAAACCUGCAAGCUCUCCCCUGUGCCAAAAAUAACCACAUAUAGUGUUUACAAAUGUCUAGAAUUUUGCACUACUGUAGCGUACCUGAGGUUACUUUACUGGAAUUGUUCACAUUUGUGAUUAGCUGAGUUGCAGUUUAGCAUAUGAGAAGAAAUAUUGGAGACUCUAAAGCUAAACUGGAAAUGGAAAUUAUCUGAGGUGGUAGUUCAGGUGACACCCCCCAGACCUAAUUUGGGAACAGUUUUUUCCAGAUGGCCUUGAGAUAUUCUUUUUGUUGAUAGAGCUUUCCUUGCUUGCCAUUGCUAUAUUCUUUCUUUAGCAACCAGAUCUCUUUUUCUUCUGUGGGAAAAUGUCCUAUUAGUAUUUUGAGAUCUUUUAAUGCAAUGAAUGUGCAAUCCCAAAUAAUGCCACUGUUGGUGAAUGUGGUAUUGUUAAAAUAUUAUAAUAAGCUUACACUUGGGGUUUACUGUACUUCUCUCAAGAGCCUUUUGAAUGACUGGACUGUUACAGAGAAAGAAGUGUUCAGAAGGAGGUAGUAUUUCUUGAUAGCUUACCUGAAAUCCAGAUGCUGCUUCUGCAGGUGGUUUUUGUUCACUGGGGAUCUUUAUUAAAUGUUAUCUUGGAGGAUAGCCCAGCAGGUAGAACUGCUUUUAUCUUGGGGCAGGAUGGGUCAAGUAUCCUAAAAAGGGCCAGAUACUAGAAGUUGUUAAGCUUUUGGUAGACCAAGCUCUGGGGUAUAUAUUCAGAAUGCCUCAUCUCCUGGAAGCUGAGCUCCCCUUUGUGCCUGCCUAGCAGAGCCUACAUUACUUCCUUUUACCCAUGCCUCUAGCUCAUAUAUCCUUUGCUUCACAUGAUCUCUUGUCUAGGAGAGUUCUGCCUCUAGGUUCUGAGAGAAGUAUGUAUGUAAAUUUGGGUAGUAGCUACAACUGCCUUGUUAUGGUCUUGAUAUAAAAAAUUCUGUCUUACAUGCACUUGAAUAGGUGGCAUAAAAUGCAAUCUGUAUAUAAAAAUCAUGCAAUUUUCUAAAUAACAUCUAAUUAGGUAGUCAUAGUUAAUAAUAGUAGCAAAUAUGGUUUCAUAAAAUGGGAAGAAAAAGGCAAUUUAAAAUAACUUUGAAAAAAAAAAAACCAACUUUGAAACCAGCCCAGAACAUGAGGAAAGGAGAUAUUUCCAUGAGUUCUUGCCUAAUCUUUUAGCUAUCACUAAGUUGAUAACUCUGUAUCUUUUUGCACUAUGUAUUUGAUUUUGUUGUGCUUUUUUUGUAUAUUAAAUAAUUUUCAUUUUGUCA